CGGAACGUUUGGAGGCGGAACGGCACGGAGAGGAACGGCACGGCACGGAACGGAACGGAAGGCACAGGGAGCACAGCGGGCAAAGAUGGCGGCGGCCGUGGCGGGCACACGCGGCCUGGAGGCGGACAGCGGUUCUGAGUUAAGCUCAGGGCUUCCAGAUGACAGCUACUCGUCGGGAGGUGAAGCCUUGGAUGGAGAUGAUGAGGAUGAAGUGGCAGCCCUCGACAAUGUGGCUGAAGAGGCAACAAACUCCAAACCUGGCCCGGGUGCAGGCUGGGCAGAUGCCAUGGCAAAAGUGCUCAACAAAAAGAUACCACAAAAUAAGUCCAUCAUCUUGGCCAAGAGUAAAAAACUGGAGAAGGAGAGAGAAAAGGAAAAACAAGAGAGGCUGGAGAAGAGGAGGAAGCUCGAUAAAAAGCGGGAGUGGGAAAUGAUGUGCCGAGUGAAGCCAGAUGUUGUCAAAGACAGAGACAGAGAGAGAAAUCUUCAGAGAAUUGCCACAAGAGGUGUUGUACAGUUAUUCAAUGCUGUCAGGACUCACCAAAAGAACGUUGAUGAGAAAGUGAAGAAAGUUGGGAGCUCUGAGAGGCGACGUGCUAAACUGCUGUCAUCUGUUUCAAAGAAAGAUUUCAUCGAUGUUUUAAGAGGCAUGGAAGGUGUUAAAGGAAAGCAGAAUCCUGGGAAGGGCACAAAAAGUAAACAGGGUGAAGUGAAGUCUGAAGAGGGACCAGAAUGGAAUAUACUGCGUGAUGACUUCAUGAUGGGAGCAUCUAUGAAAGACUGGGACAAGGAAAGUGAUGGAGAAGGCAAUACUGAACAAGGAGGUGGUCUGAAACAAGAAGAUGACAGUGACUAAAUGAAACUGAAAAUUAUUCAAGAUAAUUUUUUAUCUUUUUUCUUUAUUUGGAUUAAAAGUCAACAUUCUGUGAAUGUACAAUGGUUGGAGGAUGUUUCUUUUCUUAAAAAGAAACUUACACAACUUUGGAGUGUAUUUUCUCCUCCAUGUCAAACUCUUAUUUAAUAUAGCUACAUUUGCUAUACUGAAGUCCUGAAAUAUUUUCCAAAACAUGUAUAAUUUUCAACAUAUUUCCAAAAUAUUUUGUACAGUCAAAAUAGUGGCACCUGCCCAAUGAAAGACAGAUUUUGCCAAGGUCAUUAAAAGUUUAUACAUUAGUCAUGGCAGUUGAUGUAUUAGUGCGCCUGCAUUUGCAAAUCAGUGUUGCACUUUGAAAAGUUGUUAGCAAUUCGCAGUAGAAAUGGCUUACAAUAAACACAGAAAUGCCUUCACCUUGUAAAG